ACAAUUGAAGCAGCUUCUCUUGGAGAAUUUUGUAAUGGCACCAUGAUAUGUGACUAUACUGGAGGACUGUGUAUUGCCUCGAACUGUGGAUGUGACACAGGGUAUGGGGAAUAUAAUGGAGAGUGCAAAUCAAGUUCUAUCACAGUGUCCUUAUCAGGGCCAAUCAGCAGUGUUAUGUAUGGAACAUCAACAAGUCUCCCAGCAAAUAUCACAACAAGUGUAGGUGUGACUGCAGUAGCUUGGCAGAAGGUCGGAUCUGGUGGAAGUCUUACAGCCUUAACUGUAAACUCUACAAAGUACACACAGACAGGUGACCCGGGGUCUGGUACAGUCGUACUAACCAUCAACAACCUCGAUUACACUGAUGAAGGCAGUUACCAGGUCCAAGUUAACAACAGUCUAGGGGAGACUAAUACCAGUAACCAGGUGUCAGUGGAUGUGGCUGGAGGUCCCCCCAGCGUCAGUGUAUCAGGACCUACCCAGUCUGAUGGGAGUGUAACCAUCGGAUGUAAUGCUACUGUAACAUCUGAUUCUCCAGCCAUCACAGCUAUAAAGUGGACAAAAGAUGGAAGUGAUAUAGACAUAGCUACCCCUAAUGGUAAAUACGCUGGAGGAACUGUAAUAAGUCCAUCUCUGAUCAUCAAUACAGUAGACAGCGGUGACGCAGGAGUUUACCGUUGUGUGGCCACUAAUCCUGCAGGAUCCACUACAAGUGACAACAAUGUGACUCUAGCUCCUCCCUCUGAUGUCGUAGUCACAGGUACCACAUCUGUUGUUCAUAAUUCCACAGCGACAUUCAAUGGUUCCUACACCUCAGUGCUGCCAUCUGUGACCAUCAAAUGGCAGAAACUAGUGACGGAUAAUAAUUAUGAGGACAUUAACAUUAGUUCAUUAGAUGGUAAAUAUGCAGGGAGCAACAUUACUGGAACCAGCCCUAAACUCGUGAUCAAUUCGGUAAAAUUUACCGACGGGACAUUGUAUAGGAUGGUGGUCAGUAAUGGAGUGGGAUCUGCCUCCAGUGACCCAGUCGCAUUGGCUGUAACUGGAGGUGGGUUGACUGUAACCACGGGCCCGAAUGUCACAGGUAGAUAUGGAGGGAGUGUAACCAUUGUAUGUACUGUAGAGGGUCCAGAGGUAAACAAUAUACUGUGGAAAAAAUACAGAGAUAAUAAUCAUCUUCAAGACAUCACCACAGGUGGUUCAAAAUACACAGGAGGAACAGUGUCAAUUCCAUCUCUAACAAUAAACAACCUGACUGAUGAUGAUAUUGGACAGUAUCAGUGUACAGCUAGUAAUCCUGGUGGAACUUAUCUAAGUAAUAAUAAAGCCACAGUCAACGUACUCGAUCCACUUCCACCUAGUUCUAUUUUAUACAGUGAAAGUUCUUUUGCUCACAACAACCUCACCUUGAAGUGGACUCCUCCAUCCAAUACCUUCUUUCAUAUAUAUGAAGUAAUGAUUGACAGCACAAUACAGUUUACUGCAGAUAGUAAUCCAAGGAUCCAUUUUACAAUGAAAUCAUUGACCCCUGGUAAAUACUAUGUUGUCAGUAUCGUGACAAUCAGUGGUACAUUGAGUGAUGAAAAGAGGAGUACAGCCUACAAUGAGACGAUCAGAAUUACCCCAAUAAAACCAGGUCCACCUAUUAAUCUAAGCUGUCCACAACAUCCAAAGGACAUCUCUUUAGAAAUAUCUUGGGAGCCUCCUGUCAACCCAAAUGGACAGAUUGUGAUGUAUCAGAUUCACGUAAACCCUGGAAGUCCUACAGGUCUUACUAUCAACACAACAAACAAUGUGACAAACUACAAUGUCAUGGGGUUAAGUCCAGAGGUAAUGUAUAAUUUCACUGUGCGGACAAUCAAUGAUGCAGCAGAAACACAGAAAGUUAGUUAUCCCAGUGAGGUUAUCAUCUGUUCAACAAAACACGGAGUAUCUACUCAUCCAACUAAGUUGAUUAUAAGUGAAAUUGGUAGCAGAGGUUUUAAGAUUAGUUUUGAAAAACCUGUUAAUGUGAGCGGUCAGCUAGCUGGAUACAGAAUCAUUAUCUUGGAAGGACAGACAUGUGUACAAGAGAUCCUUCUUGUAGGAAACUGUCCGCAAUGUAAGGAUAUAAUUGACUGUGAAAACCCAAAGUUCAUCCAAUCUGACGAUAUAAACCAGCCUGUGGUACACCAAGUAACAGAUCUUAAACCUUACACCCACUACAUUGUUAAAGUGGCAGCAGUGAAUGGAAACGGUGAAGGACGCUUUGAUAACGCAACAGCAAAGACUGAUGAAGAAACUCCACAAAAACCUGGAAGUUUAAUAGCAACUAAUAUAGAAUCCAAGACUCUUAGAUUGUCUUGGGAUGUAGCAGGUCCUUCACCUGGCAACACAACAUACACUAUAGAAGUGCAUGAAGGGACUGAUGAGACUGGAACAAACUUUAUCCUGAAACAACCAAAACGAAACACAUAUGGUUUUCGCAUGAAGUCAUUGUCCAUAACUGAUCUGGAGGAAUACUGGCCGUACAAGUUCAAAGUUAUCGCUGCUACAGUUAAAGGGAUUAAUGCAUCAGAUUUAUCAGAUAUUGUCAGAACAAAACAAGCAGCGCCAGGACAAGUAGAAAACUUUAAUAUCAAAAGAAGAGAUGGAUAUUACAGAAUGGCAUAUGUUUUAUGGAGCAUCCCGUCACCAAGAAAUCGGAAUGGUGUCCUAGAAAACUAUCAUUUUAAAAUCCUUCAUAAUGGGACAGAGAUAUUAAGAGCAACCAUUCCAGUCUCCCUCUCAAUACAACAUGUUGAACAAAAUUUUACAGUUGUACCAGAGGAAACAUAUACUGUAACGGUAUAUGUCACAAAUAAUGAGAGUAUGUCAGGUCAGGUUGUCCAACAAACCUAUACGGUACCUGCUGGUCAUGAUGGCAACCGAGUAAAGUUUUCAGAAGGGAAGAAGGGUUCACAGAAUGACUAUAUAAAUGCUAGUUUUAUUUUGGAACAAAACUAUAUUAUGACCCAGUAUCCUCUACCAAAGACAACUGGACAUUUCUGGCAAAUGGUGUGGGAACAGAACGCACCCUCUAUUGUGGUACUAUCUGAUGACAGCAAUGAAAAUAGCAAGGGUGAGCAGUAUUUCCCAGUCACCGAUGGUGCAGUGCUUUCCCUUGGAGGAAUUGACAUAAAACUGCUUGCAACGUUUAAUAUUCUUGAAAGAGCGACUUUACGUAAAGUCAGGUUGUCAAAGAACUCAUUUUUGCGCGGAAAGGAACUGAAGAAUGUAAACCACUAUCACGUGUAUGGUCUGAAAAUGGCGAAUUUAUCCGACGAACUACUAAGUUGCAUAAACCUGGUUAAAUCGAACGAAAAAGAUGUAAAUGAAACAGGACCAUUAAUUGUGCAUGGAGGAUGCUCUGGGACUGACUAUAGUGGAGUGUUCAUUACAACGGAUUAUCUGGUUAAGUCAAUAGAUUCAGGUGCCAAGGAUGUCGAUGUAUACCGGACAGCAUUGAGUGUUAUGAAUGAAAGAAUGUCCGCAAUUAAUACGGAAGAACAGUAUUCAACAAUUUAUAUUUGUCUUCAAAAAUACCUUGUCUCGAAAGGAGAUGUAAAAACAUAUUAUGAAAAUUCUGAAAGAAAAAGUGCAGCUGGUACAUACGAAUAUCUGCCAUGA